UUCUUUUCGCUAUUUAAGCGCGCCAACAAAGACCCUCACAGAAGGUAAAUCUGUAGUUCGUUCCCUGGAAUCGACACCGCCUGUUUUGUCUCUCUCCGCCGUCUGUACUACCGUCCUGAAAUGCCAGAGGAAACGUCUGCGGCGUCAAGCUAUGGGAGUGUCGAUGAGAAGCCGUGCUCCUCAUCAGCCGCAGCUGCAGCAGACAGCUCUGUUGACGUUGCGGAGGAGGCUAAGAAGCUGAUUGGCACAGGGAACAGGCAUCUAGUGAUGGGAGAUGUUGUUUCCGCUGUCAGUGUCUUCCAGGACGCCUGCAGCAUGCUGGCUGCAAAGUAUGGGGACACUGCAGAAGAGUGUGGUGAGGCCUUUUUCCUGUGUGGGAAGUCCCUACUGGAGCUUGCCAGGAUGGAAAACAGUGUCCUUGGAAAUGCCCUGGAGGGAGUCCCAGAAGAAUCUGAGGAAGAAGAGCAGCCGAACAACUCAAAUAUUGAGAGUGCCAACAAUCUUGAUGAAAAAACUAGAGAUGAGCUACGAAAGCAGGUGUAUGAUGCAAUGGCAGAGAAGGAAAAGACUGAGGCUGUUGACAUCAAGCUGGAGUCUGAGGAUGGGAAAGGAAACACUGAGGUGACAAAGGAAGAUGUUGUGGUCAAGUUCCAAAGCCAAGAUGAUGUGACUGGAUCAGCGGAACCCUCAAGUUCCCCUGUGAGUGGGAAAGUUGAAGUGGAUGGCGAUGAGAACAACCCAGGUGCUCCUGUGAACGACGUGGCGGAAAGACCUACUGCAGCUCCUGUAAAAGAAGCUGUGGAGGAGGUAAAAGAGCAGAAUGGCGAGAAGACCACCGGCGAGACGGGGGAAGUAAAAGACUAUGAAUCCAUGUCAGAGGAUGAACAGGACGAUGAGGAACCAGAGGAUGAUGAUGAUGAUGAUGAUGAAGAUGGAGAGAAACAUGGCCAGGAUAAAGAAGAGGACGAAGUUGGGAAUUUGCAGUUGGCGUGGGAGAUGCUGGAGGUAGCUAAAGUCAUCUACAAAAGAAAGGAAGGUAAAGAUGACCAGCUGAUGGCAGCCCAGGCAUAUCUAAAACUUGGAGAAGUCAGUGCUGAAUCUGGUAACUAUCCCCAGGCGCUAGAAGACUUCCAGGAGUGUCUUGCUCUGCAGCUCAAGCACUUGCCUCCCCACAGUCGUCUGCUGGCUGAGACCCACUACCACGUUGCCACUACACUUUGCUACAUGGAUCAGUACAGCCAGGCCAUCCAGCAUUACAACAGCUCUAUAAAAGUCAUCGAGACUCGUCUGGCCAUGUUGCAGGAGGUGAUAAACGCAGCAGAUGGGGCUGCAGAAGAGAAGAACGAGAUGGACGAGCUGAAGCAGCUUCUGCCCGACAUCAAGGAAAAGGUUGAGGAUGCCAAGGAAAGCCAGAGAACAGCCAGCACUGCCUCCAUAGCCAUCCAGCAGACACUAGGCGGAGCUUCAACCUCAUCGGCAUUCCCAUGCGAAAAUGGCGGCUCAUCAUCAUCAGUAUUUGCAACAGUCAGCAAGAUCCCAGUUAAAUCGUCUGACGGCGCCUCGUCUUCCAAAACCGUCUCGAACAUCUCUCACCUUGUCAGGAAAAAAAGGAAACCCGAGGAGGAGAGCCCAGUAAAGGACACUGACGCUAAACAAGCGAAACAGGAAGCCACAGUUAAUGGCCUGCGGUGACUCUAGUGCCAGCAACGGCAAUGAAGUCCAGGAGGGAAAAUCACAGGAGUCUGCAAACCAGUCUGUCGGGUCUUCAGCGUGACCAUCCUCGUCUCGUUCCUGAUCUUCAAAACCAGCACAGCAUGUCCCGCCCCUCCAACUUCAACACUUUUGUUUCUGUAAAUAAGAUCCAUUUUCAUAGAUUUGUCUGUCCAGUUUUGUAUACUUGUAGUAAAAAUUAAUAAAAAGAAAUUGCAAAUGUAA